AUAGCAAAUACAAAACUCUAUAAAACCUCUCAGUCAUGUAAUGCUUUUCUCUUCACAUACCACAAACACAUCACACUUAUAGCAAAAAUAAUUAAUCUCUCUCCCAUAUCACGAAGGAGAAAAACAAUAUGACAACAUAUGGCACCAAUCAGAAGUCGUCUAACGACUUAGCCCCCAAGCUGGAGUACAUCACCCGUGGCAUCAACCAACACAAAAGAUCCGGCCUCGCCACGCGCCGCCCUUGGAAGCAAAUGCUAGACCUCGGUUCCUUCAACUUCCCCCGCAAACUAGCCACCGUGAUCACUAGAAUCAGAGCCAACACGGUCUAUUUCCAGACCAAUUACACCAUUGUCGUCCUCUUCUCCGUAUUUCUCAGCCUGAUUUGGAAUCCCUUCUCCCUCUUAGUUCUACUCGCCCUACUCGGUGCAUGGCUCUUCCUCUACUUCCUCCGUGAUGAACCGCUCACUGUUUUUGACCGCGAGAUUGACCACCGUAUCGUACUUAUAAUCAUGUCUGUUAUCACUCUUUCCAUCCUUUUUUUAACUGAUGCGAAGCUCAAUAUCGCGGUGGCCAUCGUGGCAGGUGCCUUGGCUGUGUUGUCUCAUGCAGCUGUUAGGAAAACUGAAGAUCUUUUCCAAACCGACGAAGAAACCAGUCUUUUAAAUCCGUAAAAAGUUUAAUAUCAACUGUUAGACUAUUUCAAAUUAUGGCUACGAUUGUUUAUUUUGCGUUUAGAUUUGAUUUUCAAUGUUACGGUAACUAAAUAUUCAUAACCAUGAUUGUUUACUAGCGUUUUCACGUUUUGUUUGUGUUUCACCAUUUUAUAGUGACUAAAGAUAUAUAACAUGGAAACACAUGGGAAGAAGCAUUUAAAAUUUAG